AUGUCGGCAGCCACAUCGUCAAUCCAGGACCGCACUCCAGAGUUCCGCUCCAUCCUCGCUCUCGCUCAGAAACGCCUCGCCCACACAAAAACACCACAAAACAGACAACACCUACUGCCCAACAAUGGCCAACCCUCCGCCCAGCCCACGCGCAAACAACGCAGCGAGUUUGCGCGCAAGGCUGCCGAGAUAGGAAGGGGCAUUGCAGCCACCGUCGGCAAACUCGAACGCUUGGGACAAUUAGCCCGUCGCAAGACUCUUUUUGACGACAAGCCUGUUGAAAUCGCCGAACUAACUUAUGUCAUCAAACAAGAUCUUGCUGCCUUGAACCAACAGAUUGGAGCUUUGUCGACCAUAAACAAAACGGCGCAUCCCAAAGGUGGAGCAGAUCAAGAAGGACAACACAAUGAAAAUGUCGUUGUCAUGCUACAAAGCAGAUUAGCAAAUGUCGGAGGCAACUUCAAGGAAGUUCUUGAAGUGCGGUCCAAGAAUGUACAAGCCAGCCGUUCGCGACAAGACAAUUUUGUCAACACGGUUGGUAGCAAUGCUGGACAUUUGGUACCUCAAGGACGUAGUGAUAGCCCGCUAUACGCACCUCCAUCACGAGGCCGCUCGCCACAACCGCCGAUCAACCAAGGACAAGAUCUCUUGACGCUUGAACCGCCCAGCGCGUCUUCGUCAGCUUUAACACGAGGCGCACAAUCAGAACAGCAAAUGCUACUUCUCGAAGAAGGAAACCAGAACAAUGGAUACAUACAACAGCGCGGCGAAGCCAUAGAAGGCAUCGAGCGCACAAUUGCCGAACUGGGAGGUAUCUUCGGGCAACUGGCUCAAAUGGUCAGCGAGCAGAGCGAUAUGAUUCAACGCAUUGACGCAAACACCGAGGAUAUCGUCGACAAUGUUGAGGGUGCGCAACGUGAGCUCAUGAAGUAUUGGUCCAGAGUGCAAGGCAAUAGGUGGCUUGUGGCCAAGAUGUUUGGUGUAUUGAUGAUCUUUUUCUUGUUAUGGGUGCUCAUCGCUGGUUAA